GUGGCUUGCAAUGUUUAGUGUUUGAAGCAACGAUUUAUUUAAACAGUGCAUAUAGACAGUAUAAACAGUGUAUACAGACUUUCAAAGUACAAACACAAGGUUGGCUCCACAGUGUCUUAGUCAAAGUUUUCACUUUGUGUCCUCGUUCAACAGAUUUUCUUUCUUUCUUAGCAAUUAACGUGCAUUAGUCUGAAUACAUUUCUCGUUGAAAUAUUGAACCGAUGACAAAAUUCCGGGUCAAGUCGAUUGUAAUCCCUUGUUUUUGUUCCCACUAAUGACAAAGUCCGCGAGUGUUUACACGUGACCACUCAAUACAGAAAUAAAGAAAUAAUCGAUUUAUGAAGGAGUCGGCAUCAGGUAUCCUAGCACACGUGACCUAACUGAGAUCUGACCUGAUCGUGACCUGAGCUCUCUCCCUGCCCAUCGACAACAACAACAUGCUCCGGAUACGAUGAUCGCAGGCUUUACUUUCGGUUUUGUUUUCUGCCGUCGUUCUCUGUAUCGCUUCCAACAUCAGCUGACGUGGAUUCUAGUCACAGGCGAUGUGUCAGGUAACAUGGCAGUCUUUGCUGACUCUAACUUGACGGAAAUGUUGACUUCUUUCCCAGUGCGUCGUGACCGACAGUCAGCAGUCGAGGCCUUGCAAUAUCACGGUCGAGUGGUCAUCGUUGGCGGUCCAAAGUCAGGCAAGACAUUUCUUGGCCACGCCCUAUUACGUCAUUUCCGCUCAGAAUUUGAUGAGCACACACUUUGCAACACCUGGAGAUUGCAGGAACAUUUACAGGAAGGCAGAAAAUGCAUUUUGUUGAUGGACGGGAUACUUGGGGAGACUUGUGUCAACAUGGAAGAAUACAAGGCCUGGCGAACGGUGCUUCCCAAACUGAUGGAGCUGACAGACACAGGACAAUGUCUGGUAGUAGUCACGUGUUACCCUCACGUGCUGCUGGAGCUGCAGGCUCUAGAGAAAGGCAGCCACAGUUUCCUGCUGCAAGACACUUGCACAGUGAGUCUCAAGGAGAUGGCGGAGGAUGAGAGGAAAGAAAUGCUGUACGACUUUCUUUCUGGCGUCGACAUGAUGCAACACGAAAAGCACGCGCUUGUGGAGCGAGUGUUGAAGGACGACAUCAGCGGCGCCACCUUCCCGUGGUGCUGUGCGCGGCUUGUGCAAAGGUUACACAACUCGUCUCUUGACGACCCCAGCGAUGUGUUUACCUGCCCUGCCGAGUCGUACGUCACACUGCUGCACCGCAUGUUGAUGGAUCCGACACACGGGGAGACCGUGGCGGCCUUGUUGUGUCUGACGAUGAUGGGGCUCAGUGGCUUCCUUCACAAUCAGCAAAGGACGGAAAAGGCACUCAAAGAUCUCGGCUUUCGAGGUUUGUCAUCACAUCUUCUUGAGAAAAAUGCCAGCUUUCUCAAGAAUACCUUCUUGUCCGAUGACUGCUCAACAUUUUCCUCUCGCGUUCUGUACGAUGCUGUCGGUUUGGCUUUUGGUCGAUCGCAUUACCUGCCCGCAUUAAUCAAGAUAUGCGACAUGAAGUUCCUUGCAAUGUAUGUUGGUGUCGGUGAGGAACAUCAUGAAUCAUUUGUCACCAUCUCCAUGAACUCUCCACAUAUUGUGCAUCUGAUGGAAAGAAUCCUGUCAAGCACUGCCGGAAGUAGGCUGCUAGAAGUUACUCAGUACUUAUCACUUCAAAGCAAAGAGUUCUUGUGUAAACUUGAAGAGUACAGUCGCUCUAAGAAAACUGGAAUAAGACAAUUAGUAAAAUCGGUGGACACAGUACAUAAGUUACCUCUGUUGUACUGGUCAGCAUGGACGGGCUGUGAUUGGCUAGUAAACUGGUGUCUGGACAUCAGCAUCAAGGAAGGGAUGGUCCGACCAAGUCUGUUGGAGUCUGCCUUUGUCUGGGCGCUUGCACAGAGAAGAAAAUGCCAGAAAACCACCCCGAGAGAUGAUUGCAGACUCAUACAGGCAGUAAUGUUGUUUCAGCUGGAAUGUGACAAUAAAGUUGCAGAUAUCAAAUUGCCUUUUCCUGACAAAAGUCUUCUCUCUGAACAGUUUAAAGUAGUGUACGAUGAGGUCACAUCUUGCACUAAUUUGUUUUACCUGGGUGAUCAAUCUUUACUUAUUCCGCCAUCUACACUGACUAUGGACAGGAAAGGCGAAUCACUUCACCUUAAAUUUGGCAGCAAGCAGGUAUAUCUGGCUCUAAGACUACUGUCGGACACACUAGUGAGUCAGGUUGACAGCAAAGGUAACACACUACUGCAUGUCGCUGCAGAGGCCGGUGACGAAGAUGUGGUUGACAUCGUCGUAAGAAGUGGAGCAUCACUCACCGCCAGAAACAACAUCAACCUCACGCCACCUCAGGUGGCACAGAGGCCAAAUACAGGUGAGAAACUGAACAGAUGUUUCAGAGAAAGCAGUGGCAUGCACAAAGCGUGUGAGACUGGUGACAUUGUCACUGUCAAACGUCUUCUUUGUUGCGGUGCGGGUGUGGAGGACAAAGGUGACAAAGAUGGCACUCCACUGCAUGCAGCUUGUCUGGGGGGUCACACUGACAUUGUGAGUCUUCUCUUAGAACUGGGGGUCAAUGUGCACGCUGUAGACAGAAACAGGUCCACUGCCCUGCACGUGGCUUGUGACAAAGGUCGCAAAGACAUCGCGAGUCUCUUGAUCAAACAUGGCGGUGAUGUUCACGUGACUGACACCGCUGGCCGCACGCCUCUUCACGCAGCCUGUCGUCAUGGCAACAAGAAGUGCGCGUCCCUUCUCCUGGCGCAUGGAAGCGACAUUGAAAAGAGAGAUAACCACGGAAAGACAUCCUUGUUCUUGGCUUGUUCCUUUGGUCACACUGAGCUUGUUGAGAUGUUGAUAGACUCCGGCUCUGACCUGAGUGUAGGGCUUAGGAACGGAGUAACUCCACUCCACAAAGCUGCUGUUCAAGGCGAUGUCAACAUCGUCGAGCUACUGACUGCCCGAGGCGCUCGUCUAGAUGCUGUUGAUGACGAUGGAAGGACCCCUCUUCUGGCCGUCGUUCAAGAUCGCGGUAACGCCCAAGAGAACUGGAAGAGGACAGCAGAAGUACUUGUCAGAACAGGAGCCGACAUCAACGCCAAAGAUGCGAACGGCAGCUCUCUUGUCCACUAUCUUCUCAAAGAUGGUGACAAAGAUGCUCUUGACUGUUUGUUGGAGCUUGGGGCUGACAUCAACGCUAAGGAUGCUGAAGGUUACACUCCUCUACACAUUGCGUGUAGAGAGGGCAAGAAUGAUGAUGCCAUUUGGUUGACAAAGCACGGCGCUGACCCAAAGGUCAAGGAUACAUUUGGGUACACCGCCCUCCACUGGGCAUGUAGGUGUAACCAUAUGAACAUCGUGCAAAGCCUGGUCUCACAUGACAAAGCUCUUGUGACUGAAACGACCAAUAAUGGGGAAAUUGCCCUGCACCUGGCCUGUAUAGAUAACAGACUCGCUGUAGCUGAAAUACUUAUAUCAAAGGGUUCAAACAUAAACGCGAAAGACAACAUUGGUUUUACACCUCUUCACACUGCCUGUGUACAAGGCAAUGAAGUUUUAAUUAAUCGCUUAAUUAAAACAAGGCCGGAUGUAAAAACGACGACUGUCGAGGGCAAAACACCUCUGCACAUUGCCUGUGAAAAUGGCCAGGGAACCGUUGCAGAGCUAUUAAUAGACCAUGGCGCUGUUGCCAACGCAACAACCACAGAGGGUCAAACACCUUUGCACUACGCCUGCAAGCAUGGCUAUGAAGACAUCACAGUUCUACUGUUAGACCACGAAGCUGAUAUCAACGCCAAGUCUUCAGAAGGACAAACAGCUCUGCACUUCGCCUGUCAACAAGGACAGAAAAAUAUAGUAACUAUACUCCAAAACCGUGGAGCUGACAUCAAUGCUCGGUCCACCAAGGGUGACACGCCUGCGGACUGUGCUCAGAGAAAUGGUCACAUAGACAUAGUCAGCAUGCUGAAUGGCACUAGCUGCAGCAAUGUCAGUCGUGAGGAUGACAUCAAGACUCCAGUCAGAAACAAGACAAAUACGUGUAUGAAGUUCACACCCAGCAUUUCAGUUCAAACCAUCAUGGCGUUCUUCACCGACACUGCAUUUAAUGGAAACUCAUUCUCGACUUCUGCUCCAGUGCGUCGUGACCUGCACCCAGCAGUGACGGCCUUGGAGCAGCAUGGGAGAGUGGUCAUCGUCGGUGGCCCUAAGUCAGGAAAAACCUUUCUUGCCCACGAGCUCUUAUAUCACUUCCACCCCCGCUUUACUACCCACAUCAUCUGCAGCACUCAGGAGUUAAGGAAGCACCUAAACGAGCAGAGACCACGCAUCUUGUUGAUGGAUGGAACCCUUGGUGAGGUUGGUGUGGACAUGGAGGAGUACAAGGUGUGGCGAGCGCUGCUUCCCAGGCUCAUGACGUGUACAGACGUCAGGCACUGUCUGGUAGUGGUCACGUGUUACCCUCACGUGCUGCUGGAACUACAGGCAAUGGAGGAAGGCAGCCACAGUUUCCUGCUGCAAGACACUUGCACAGUGAGUCUCAAGGAGAUGGCGGAGGAUGAGAGGAAAGAAAUGCUGCACCACUUUGUCUCGGACCUCCCCAUGACACAGCAGGAGAAGCACGCGCUUGUGGAGCGAGUGUUGAAGGACGACAUCAGCGGCGCCACCUUCCCGUGGUGCUGUGCGCGGCUUGUGCAAAGGUUACACAACUCGUCUCUUGACGACCCAAGCGAUGUGUUUACCUGCCCUGCCGAGUCGUACGUCACACUGCUGCACCGCAUGUUGAUGGAUCCAACACACGGAGAGACCGUGGCGGCCUUGUUGUGUCUGACGAUGAUGGGGCUCAGCGACUUCUAUGACAAUCAGAUAAACGCACAGCGCACACUCAGUGAACUCGGUUUUAGAAUCUUAUCAGCAGAUUGUCUAGAGAAAACCGCCAGUUUUCUGAAGAACUUUAUUUUGUCUGAAGACUACAGGACAUUUUACUCCCGUGUCUUGUACGAUGCCGCUGGUCUGGCUUUGGGUCGUUCACAUCGCUUACCAGUUCUACUGAAAGUAUGUGACAUGGACUUUCUUAACAAGUAUGUCCGUGUCUUUACUGAACCGUCUAACCUAUUUCUUACAAUUACUGUAAAUUCCAAGAACAACGUGCAUCUGAUGGAAAGAAUCCUAACAGAUAUCACGAAGGGAAAGCUGUUUGAGAUUUCUCAGUACUUGUCUCUCCAAAGUGAGUUGUUCUUAGAAGCUCUUGAGAAGUACAAUCGCACCAGGAAUAACGGAGAAAUACAGUUAGAACAAGCAGUAGACAGCGUGCAUGGUUUGUCUUUGUUGUACUGGUCAGUGUGGACCGGCUGUGACUGGCUAAUAGACUUGUGUGUGGACAUCAGCAUCAAAGAUGGAAAGAUUCCGCCAGGCCUUCUACAGUCUGUCUUUCUUUGGGCUUUGGCGCACAGAAAUAAAUGUCCCGAAGAUCCAAAGUGUAAAAUUACUUGCACAUUUGAUAAUCUGAAAUCAAACGAUUUCUUAGAUGUUUCAUCAACUACUCUGCCUGUUCCUGUAAAAACACUACGUUUACCAGCAAGGUCUGAAGCAGUAUAUUCACUGGUUACAUCUUGCACCGAACUAACUUACCUCGGUGAUCCGUCUUUACCUAUACCGCCAUCUACAUUGUUAAUUGACAGAAAAGAUGAUGCGUGUCGCCUGGAGUUUGGGAACAAGCAGGUGUACCUGGCUCUAAGACUGCUAACAGACACACAGGUGAGCCAGAUAGACAGUGAAGGUAACACAUUGCUGCACGUUGCUGCAGAAGCCGGUGAAAAGGAUGUGGUCGAGGUCGUUGUGAGAAGUGGAGCGUCUCUCACCGUCAGGAACAACAACAACCUCACGCCGUAUCAGGUGGCACAGGGACGCAAUAGAGGUAAGACUGUUAUGGGAAUUGGCAAUGAUCAAAAGACAAUACUCAAAGCUUGUGAGGACGGCGACAUUGUGACAGUCAAAGUUCUUCUCUGUUGUGGUGUGAGUGUGGAUGCCAGAGACAGCGAUGAUCGAACUACACUGCUUGCAGCUUGUCAGGGAGGGCACACCGACCUUGUGAGUCUUCUCCUAGAGGUGGGCACCGACAAACUCAUUGAUUACAAUGCCAUCCAACUGGCUUGUGAAAACGGCCUUGAAGACAUCGUGAUUCUCUUUAUCAAACAUGGUGUUGAUCAUCACCGUGACUCGCCUCUUCACGUGGCCUGUAGUGAAGGCAAUACUCAGUGUGUGUCCGUUCUUCUGGAUUAUGGGGCAGAUAUCAAUUGUACUUCAUAUCUUAGAAGGUCACCUCUGCAUAAUGCCUGCCAGGAUGGGAAGACAGACAUCGCAGGUUUGCUACUAGACCGUGGAGCUGACAUCAAUGCUUUGGAGUAUUAUGGCGAGACACCUCUCAUGUUGGCCGUCCGCAGUCAAUCGGCAGAGACUGUCGCUCUGCUGCUACAGCAUGGAGCUAACCCAAAUAUUAUGAACACUUAUUGUGAGACACCUCUGCACCUUGCCUCUCAUUAUGGGAUAACGGAGAUUGUUAGUCUGCUGCUAGAGCACGGGGCUGACAUCAAUGCUAAGAAUGAACAUGGCAACACACCAGCAGACCUCGCACAGAUGCGUGGCUACACUAAGACGGUGCGUUUGUUGUUGCAAUGGUCUAACCUUGGUGAUGUAAGCUCAAGGAUCAACACAUAAAGUCAAGUAAUAAAAAUCAAGUCAGACUACAGAAGUAGACACUAAUGACAAGGUAGUUAACAGUGACAUCGGGCAGGAAAUUAAAGUCAGCAAAGAACUUUCUCGACGAACGAUGUCCCAAAUGAAAACUAUUAAAAGAGUUUUGCCUUUAUAUUUAAGAGCUUUUGUCUUCGGUACCUUCAACAGCAGAAAAAAUUUAAAGGGUCAGUAAAAAACGAAACAACUCUGAUGAAAAGACACUUAAGUCAUGAACCGUUAAAUUGUACAAGCAUUACUGAUUGAUAACAAGUAAUGAAAACAGCUUUGGUUAACACCUGCGCCAGCUUCCCGCUACCUUACAAUUAGACACACUCAUAAGUUGAUCAUUGAUACCUAUAUUUGUUGUGGGAAAAGACGUCUUUUUGAUCUGCAUCACAAGUUUAAGAAAAAUUUUGACAUGAAGUGUUGUACCUGAUGCAUUUUGUGGAUCCAAACACUUUCUGGAGUAUAUAAUGAUCCUCAUAUAUAUAUCAAAACCUUUACAAAAUGUACUAUUAUUUUGAGCUAGUGAAAAUAUAUGUGCCUAUAUGCAUAUAAAUUCAUAGGAUGUUUUACCCAUGAAUACCUAUGCACAUUACCUUAAUUGUGUCAUUUAUUAAAUGUAGGUUCAUCAAAUAAAAAAAUCAAAUAGGACAAACAAGAGUCACUUUUUGGGAGUGCCUUCUACACCGUGCAAUGAUUCAUUUACUCCACAUCUUUUUUCUGUGUUCCCAGCAAGCAGUAUUGCUCGUGGGAGAAAUCUUUAGUGAGAACACAUUUAUUUAUCUUUUUCAGAAACAGUUUCAUUUUGUUUUAUCUUAAAAAGCAUUGUAGUUUAUUUGGUAAAGACUUUUCAUAUUUCA